UGUACGUCAGGUCGGACCACACAACCGAACAGGGGGAAGAAAGAGAAGACGGAUCUACAGCCCCGCUGAUAUACCAUUCAAGCAGUCUUUAUUACUUUAUUCUAGUUAUUGUGGUUUAAAUCGACAUAGCAAUCAAUCGCCUGGCCCUAGUUUGUCGACACACUUUCCCCCUGCCCCUGCACACUCACCGAAAAGAAAAUGAGCGGCAGCGGGCGGCCCAGGACCAGCUCGUUUGCCGAACCGCCGGGGGCUCCGGGAGCAGCUGCUGCCGCUGCCGGAAGCGCCGUUGCCGGUGGAAGCGCUUCAGGAAAGUCCGGGGCUGCUCAGGCCUCUGGCGCUACUUCGACUGGCUUUGGAAACUUGAAGCUCGGCAGGGACAGUGGGAAGGUGACCACAGUGGUAGCCACACCUGGACAAGGUCCAGAUCGCCCACAGGAAGUGUCCUACACAGACAUUAAAGUGAUCGGAAAUGGCUCAUUUGGAGUGGUGUAUCAGGCCCGGCUCAGCGACAGCCAGGAGAUGGUGGCAAUCAAGAAGGUGCUGCAGGACAAGCGGUUUAAGAACCGAGAACUACAGAUUAUGCGCAAACUGGACCACUGCAACAUUGUUAGGCUACGCUACUUCUUCUAUUCCAGUGGAGAGAAGAAAGAUGAAGUGUAUUUGAAUCUGGUACUGGAUUAUGUACCCGAGACUGUGUACAGAGUUGCACGCCACUUCAACAAGGCCAAGACCACCAUACCCAUCAUCUACGUCAAAGUGUAUAUGUAUCAGUUAUUCCGCAGUUUGGCAUAUAUCCAUUCCCAAGGCGUCUGCCACAGAGACAUCAAACCACAAAACCUGCUAGUGGACCCCGACACUGCUGUUCUCAAGCUGUGUGAUUUUGGAAGCGCAAAGCAGUUAGUUCGUGGCGAGCCCAACGUUUCGUACAUCUGCUCACGGUAUUACCGCGCCCCAGAACUCAUCUUCGGAGCCACAGAUUACACCUCCAACAUUGAUAUCUGGUCAGCUGGCUGUGUUUUGGCAGAGUUACUGCUGGGGCAGCCCAUUUUCCCCGGUGACAGCGGAGUUGACCAGCUAGUUGAAAUCAUUAAGGUUUUGGGCACGCCAACAAGAGAACAGAUCCGGGAAAUGAAUCCCAACUAUACGGAGUUCAAAUUCCCUCAGAUCAAAGCGCAUCCCUGGACUAAGGUGUUUAAACCCAGGACGCCCCAAGAGGCCAUUUCUCUGUGCUCUCGUUUGCUGGAAUACACACCUGUGACACGUCUCUCUCCGCUGGAGGCCUGUGCUCACGCGUUCUUCGACGAGUUGCGCCAGCCCAACGCUCGCCUACCCAGCGGCCGAGAGCUACCCAUGCUCUUCAACUUCAGCCCUGUGGAGCUGUCUAUCCAGCCACAGUUGAACCCCACUCUCAUUCCUCCUCAUGCUCGGUCGCAGACGACGCCCGUUUCUCACGAAGGCAGCAUGUCGGACAGCUCAGCCCAGUCCAGCUCUGCACCGGGAGCCCUGAGCAACAGCUCCUGAGCAUUACCUCCGAGUUACUUCACCGUUCUCCCUCAUCUUCUCCUCCUCCUGUCACCUGUCCUUCGUUCCAGCCUUUCCGAAGCUCCAGAGCCCGAAUCUGUUUCGCGCCGAUGGCGAUCCCCUUCGUUACACAUUUAGCAUUCUUCAGGAGAACGUGAUUUUUAUUUUUUUUUUGUCUGUUUUGUUCAUUUCAGGUAGACUUUGUCCUUGAUGAGGUUUGCAACUGUGUGAUUUAAAGGUAAAGAAUGGUUUGUUGAGGCGAUUCUGACCUCUAGUGGCAGGAGGAGAUAAGUAGAUUUAUUCCCCCUCCCCUUUGCUGUCUGCUCUGUGUCUGUGGAGGUCCAACCUUUUUAUUAAGUUUUAAACAGAACUACACCUCAUAGAGCCACAACAUGCAGGUGUAUUCUAUUAUUUUAGUUUGCUCUUAAAGUGUAAUAAAUUUUAGCUGUUUUUUUUUGUUUUUUUUUUUUCUUUUUUUUUUCCUUUCUUAAACAAGACCAUGUUCUAGAUAUGAGUGUGGAAGUGUUUUUAUGGAGCACCUUGUAUAAGUUGCGGUCUUGUCUCCUUUGCCCCAAAAUCUGUUUAGGGAAAGGACAAGAUUGCAUGUUUUGUUUUUUUUACCCUAGGUGAACACAAGCUCAGCCACUUUUUUGUCAUCGAUUGGUUAAAGUUGAAAUGGCUCCACGUAGAGCUUUUCUUAAGUACCAAAUCCUGUCAGAGUUAAACAUGCUGGUGUAGGGUCAGACUUUUCUUGUACAUCCUCGUGAAUGUUAGUGAUAGGGAUGGAGAGGGCUGAUCCUACAGCAGUAUUGUUACUUAUAGCCCUUUAUAAUUACUGUAUAUUUUUUUUUUUUUUUUUUUUUUUUUUUCUUUUCUAUUCCUCCAAGGAUAAGCGUGAAGUCCUUGAACGCAUAAAAAAAAAAAAAAAAAAAAAAAUGUAAGCACGCACACAUUAUUGUUUUGGUGCCCCGGCAAUAUCCUAUCCUACAGUUCUAUAGGAGUUUAGAUCAGACAAUGAUUGUGUGUGUGUGCGUGUGUUUCAGUAGAGUUAGAACAUUUGAAUAUUUAAAUGGCUGCUGAUCUGUGACGAAUCUAUAUCAUUGUAAGUAUCAUAGAGCCCCACACUCAUGCGCACACACACACUCGUGUCCCUCCACUCCCACCUGGAGCCAUCCAUCUGUCCCCCUCCAUCUCCUCUUCUCCCUUCUCUCACUGCUGAUAUGUAAAUAUCAUGUACCUUUUACUUUUUGUUAUUUUUGUUAUCAUUGUAAUUCUGUUCUUAUAACUUGAUUUUUAUUUCUAGUGGAGUAGUGCUGGUUCACGUAGUGGCCAGCCUUCACUCUGUCUCCUCGUCUGUCUUUCCGUCUUUCUUUCUCACAGUGCUCUCAUUUGUACAUAGCAUUUCAACUUCUCCCUCCUCACCCCUGUCAAGGGAGGAGGGGGGGGAAUGGAACAAAACUGAGUCUCAAUCUCUCUCUUUUUCUCCUUCCCUCUGUCGCUCUCUCUCACCCUCUCUCUCCCGCAGUCCUUGUUCAUGUCCUUCCUUCCUCAUAAAUGUUAUUUUGAAUAUUUUAUUUAUUGUACUGCAGACAGUGUUUUUUUGUUGUUUUUUUUUUUUUUUUCUUUUCUUUUUUCUUUUUUUUUUUUUUAAUGAUCUGAUGGGGUAGAGACUUGUGCGUGACCUGUCAUUAGAACAACAUUCAUAUCCUAAACUUGAUAUUAUCUUGGAAUGUGUUCGAGAAAAUGAACAUAUUGUCUGGAACAUUUCUGUGAGCGUCAUGAUGAUGAAUGUUCCUAAACGUGCAGGCACACAGAUGUGCACGAAUGCUAGAUAAACGUGGACUGCUUAGCCCAUUCAGGACAUCCAGUGAAUGGGUUAAGUGAGGGAGAGGGAGAGAGACUGUUUUUGUUUGUUGGUAUAAAUAAGCUCAUUAAUAAAGUGAUGAAAAGUGUCUCUGCCAGUGA